AAGCAUUCUGGCUUGAGAACACAGGAAGGAGAAACGUGACGUCGCCAGCCUGAUACAGCCCCUUUCCUGGGAGUAAGUCGCGUCGGGCGGAGCCGAGGAGGAGGAUUGCGACCAGGCCGCCUCCGGAUUGCUCGAGAAGAAGCCAGUAAUGUAAAUGAGACUACAGCAGAGACAGACAAAAGCCUCCCAUCCAAAGGAGUCCUGGAGAGUUUGUCAAGAGGAUUUCAAGAGAGAAUUUCCUUCCCAGAUGUCGAGGAGAUGGCUGGAAAAUUCCUCGGGUUUUCAUUGGAAAGAGAUAAGGAAGACGAAUCUCAGUAUGUCAGGGAUCAAGAGAGAUCAGAGAGGCAACCAUUAAGCCAUGGAAAAAAUAUGAUGGAAAAACCCAUUUCUUUCCAAAGAGGGGAUUUUCAUGAUGUAAUUCACAUGGCAGAAGAAACAUACAAAUGCUUCUCAGGUCAAACACAAUAUGAUACCAGUUUGCAAACGCCCCCUGGAAAGAAGGCCCAUACUUGCUUCACAUGUGGAAAGAUGUUCGUUUCUGGAGCAGAGCUCAUUAAAGAUGAAAGAAUCCAUGUAGGAGAGAAACCGUAUUACUGUUCAGACUGUGGAAAUAGGUUCUCGGAGAAUUCAACCCUUGUUCAAGCUGAGAGUUCUCACCCUUCAGGAGGAGAGACAUUGAUCUUCUUAGCAAGUGAAAAGAAUUUAUCUGAUAGGAAAGCAUAUAAUUGUGGAAAGAGAUUCCAUAGCAGUGUUGAACAUCACCAUCUACAAACCCUGACACCAGAGAAAACUUCUGAGAGCUCCGAUUGUGGAAAGAGGUUCUGUAUGAGUGGCCCUCUUCAAGUGCAUCAAAGAACCCACACAGCAGAGAAACCUUUUGAGUGCUCAGAGUGUGGAAAGAAAUUCAGCAGCAGUGGAGGUCUUCAAAAGCAUUUUAGAACGCACACAGGAGAGAAACCUUUUGAGUGCUCAGAGUGUGGAAAGAAAUUCAGCAGGAGUGGAGGUCUUCAAAAGCAUUUUAGAACCCACACCGGAGAGAAACCUUUUCAUUGCCCAGAGUGUGGGAAAACAUUCAGUCGGAGUGACUAUCUUCAGUUGCAUCAAAGAACGCACACAGGAGAGAAACCUUUUAAGUGCUUAGAGUGUGGAAAAAAAUUCAGCAGGAGUGGAGAUCUUCGUCUGCAUCGAAGAACCCACACAGGAGAGAAACCUUUUGAAUGCUCAAAGUGUGGGAAAAAGUUCAGUAUGAGUGGCCAUCUUCAAGCGCAUCAAAGAAUGCACACAGGAGAGAAACCUUUUGAGUGCUCACGGUGUGGAAAGAGAUUUAGUCAGAUUGGAGAUCUUCAAAAACAUUUUAGAACCCACACUGGAGAGAAACCUUUUCAGUGCACAGAGUGUGGAAGAAGGUUCAGGUGGAGUAGCAAUCUUCAACUACAUCAAAGAAUGCACACAGGAGAGAAACCUUUUGAGUGCUCAGAGUGUGGAAAGAAAUUCAGCAGCAGUGGAGGUCUUCAGAAGCAUUUUAGAACCCACACUGAAGAGAAACCUUUUCAGUGCCUACAAUGUGGGAAAAGAUUCACUAGGAGUGACUAUCUUCAAGUGCACCAAAGAAUGCACACAGGAGAGAAACCUUUUGAGUGCUCAGACUGUGGAAGGAAAUUCAGCACCAGUGGAGAUCAUCAAAACCAUUUACGAACCCACACAGGAGAGAAACCUUUUGAGUGCUCAAAGUGUGGAAAGAAAUUCAGCAGCAGUGGAGGUCUUAAAAAGCAUUUUAGAACUCACACCGGAGAGAAGCCUUUUGAGUGCUCAGAGUGUGGAAAGAAAUUUAGCAGGAGUGGAGGUCUUCAAAGGCAUUUUAGAACCCACACCAGAGAGAAACCUUUUCAGUGCUUAGAGGGUGGAGAAGGAUUCAGUCAGAGUGACUAUCUUCAAUUGCAUCAAAGUACGCAUACAGGAUAGAAACCUUUUAAGUGCUCAGAGUGUGGAAAGGAAUUCAGCAACUGUGGAGAUCAUCAAAAACAUUUAAGAAUCCACACAGGAGAGAAACCUUUUGAGUGCUCAAAGCGUAGACAGACUUAUACAUGAGUCAAGGAAACGCCAGAGCAGCCAAGGGCUGGGGCUGCUGUGGGGAUCGGGGGGGGGGGGAGCGAUCCGGCGGGGAAUGGGCGCCCCGGCUCUUCCUUAUUUACCACCCUAGACUUAUACAUGAGUCAAUACGUUUUCCCAGUUUUUGGUGGUAAAAUUAGGUGCCUCGGCGUAUAUUUGGGUUGACGUAUACAUGAGUAUAUACGGUAAUAACUUUUUCUUGUACAUAUGGUUUGCAAUUUAAUUAUUUGAAUUUUUUAAAAUUCUCAUACUCUUUUUCCUAGUUGGGAAGAAUUGUCAAUGAGAUUUAGAGCAAUUGUAGGUUUCUUUUUUCUUCUUCUUUUCUUUGUUUUACUCUCUUUUUGUGUUUUCCUUUGUAUAUCUUUCACUUUCUGAUAUUGUUUUGUGUAUCUUUAUGGAAUAUUAACAUUAAUAAAAUUAUAUCAGCAAAAAAAA